AAAAAAGAUAGAUUUGACACAUCACAGAGAAUUUUCAAUAACAAAAAGGAGCUGAAUAUAAAUAUAGAGAGAGUUUCUACUAAAAUAAAAUUAGCGAAAAUAAUAUCGCCACGAAGUUAAGAGUUAUAUUCUGUGCUAUUUUCUUUAAGUUUUUUCACAAUUUUUCAUCAAAUGGACGAGUCUGAACUGCUCUUCAAUUUGUUCUACCUCUUAUUAUGCAUGUGCAUUAUAUACCCACCCGAAGAGUUCCAGCGACUCGGAUUAAGCAUCGAACAAAUAUUUAUGAGACUAUUGGGAGAUGAAAACAUUAAUUUCGUGCAUUAUCAUCAAAAGCGUACAUCGUUAAAUCUGUUUGUGCACAGUUGUCUACCCGCAUUAUAUUUUCUUAUACACAAAUUAAAAUUCUCUGUAUUUGCCGUUCGCGAACCCCCAGAGGAUAUAGAAUUAGAUCCCGAUUUUCCAAUGCCACAAGAAGCUGUAGCAUUCAAGACACUCACCUGGAAAGUUGCACAACGCUUUAGUUUAAUGGCAGUUUUGGCUGUGCCGGCUUUAAUAUUCAAUUGGCGACAACAAAAUUGGCGUCGCCAUCCCAUUAGCCAAACGUUAUUGAAAUUCUCUAAUGUACCAGAUAAUUUUCAAGCGGUUGCAAGUGAUAUAAGUACCGAGUUUCGCAGGCUCGACAUCUACAAAAAGAAACUAAAUUCAAUAUCUACUGUUAUUGCAACGGAAAAUUGGAUAAUUAAAACUUCACUUUAUAAUGUACAUUUUGCUCAUCAAAGUGACACAUCACUCAUUGUUGCCAAGACUGAGACAUAUAACGUUUCCCAGGACACAAACGAUACUCUACAAAUGGUUAGCAUAAAAGUAAAACCUAAUCGGCAAGGAGUGGCCGAUUUUCACAUACGCAUCAAUGCCUUAGAUUUUAGAAAUCUAGAAGAGCGUAUAAGCCGACCAAUUGUCAUACCAGAAAACAUACAAUUCCAUCGUAAUGUAAUCGAUCGUUUUAUAGACGUCUUCAAAGAGCAAGUAGCGAAAAAUCCGAUAUACAAUGCUGAUCGCAUAACGGAAAGAUGUUUCGCUUGCAUGAUUGCUGAGCCAAAUAUAAAAAUUCACAAGCAAUGUGAUGAUGUUGAUCGUGACGGACGACCGCUGUCAGCGGAUAAUACCUGUACAAAUUGCUACUGUCGGCCAAUGUGGUGCGUGGAAUGCUUGGCUCGUUGGUUUGCUGCACGUCAGAGUGAGCACGAUCGCGAAGUGUGGCUUGAACAGAAGUGUACAUGUCCCAUGUGUCGUGCCAAAUUUUGCUUACUUGACGUAAGUUACAUCGAAAGGACGGACAUGACGGACGCGCAUGAUCCGCAGGCGUGAUAACUACAAUAACUAGAAUAUUGUAUGUUGGUUUUUUUUUUAUUAAGGGUUGAAAAAAAUUGUCAAUUACGCCAAAUUAAUAUGAUAACAACAAAAGGAUUUAGAAAUCUAUUAAUGUUUUUGUUUUUAAUUCAGCUUAUAUUUUAUUUGGCCUAUAAUAUUUCAUUACAUGUAUAUUUUAGAGAACAUACUUAAAAAUUUAUUAUUAUUAUAAUUAUUAUUAUGCAUUCUAUAAACAUGAAAACUACUCAUAAAUUUAUUUCUCUAAAGGCAAAAGCUUAAUGUCUAAUAAAUUUGUAACUAUCACGUUUUAAUACUUUACGAUAUAUAAUUUAUAUACAUAUUAAUACAUGUAUAUAUAAUUGAAAUUAAAAGAAAAGUGAAUAAAAGUUUGGUUAGUGCCUACAUAAUCUUACACUUAUUAUUUCUAAGCUAUUUAAUUGGAAUUUUUUAUUGAAUGCUAAAUGGAAAGGGUUUAUGUUUGGGCAAGCAGUAAACUCUCUUUUACAUAGUUAUUAUGUGUAUAUUAAAACAUCUUGCAUUCGUGAUUACUUAACUGCCCCGAUAAUGCUGUUUCAGUAAGACAAUACUCUUAAUGAGAGAUUUCUAUAAGAACAAAUUUUGGCACACAUUUAACACUUGAAGAAAAAAAUACAAAAAAUGAUGUUAAAAAA